UUCAAAUGCAGCGGGAAGAUGAUCUCUCGUGUUGUGCCUCUGGUGUGCAUGUCCUUGCUUGCCCUGACUCGAAGCAAUUUUCUGUAAUCACUAACAGACUUGAAUGACGAAAUAGCUCUUCAACGGUAGUCGAAUCGCAAAAAUUCGCUUUGAUUUCGUUGUGGCAUUGCAAGGAAAUCAAGUUUCCGUUUGCAAUAGAAAAUGACGGGGCCAGACAGAAAUUGGGAUUUUCACCUCAGAACGUUGUCUAAUAGUGCCAGAGACUCCAAUACCGCUAAUGAUCCUGCUUCUGAUCCCGCCCUUCUUCAAUCCGUGAAAAAGCUACAUGAAAUUUGUGUGGUUGAGAAUUCUGAGGACUUGGUAGCCAGAGUUUAUCCUCAAAUUAACAAGAUUUUUCAACGUGCGGCGGCUUCACUCUCCCAAUCUCGUACCUCAAAUGGCCUUUUGUUACUCGCUCUUCUUCAGUUUUACCUAGAUUUUGGAGAGGUUGUUCUUCAUGAUGCUGAUACUAGUCUCAGGAUAUUUUUCCGUUCAUGCUUGAGCAGGGAAUUUGCUGAUCCGGUUGUAGCAGAAGCGACACUGGAGUUUCUCAUUGUCAACAGAAAGAAGUUGCCAUGUUCCUUCCCGAACCUAUUGCCUCAGUUUUUCCCACUGUUGUUAAAGCUGGUCGCUUGGCAUGGAGAAAGAUUAGGGAAACUGUUUCUGAAAGUUUUACCGGGAUUGAUAUCGUCUGGGUCAUUCCUUCCGUUGUUUAUAUCUCUAGUGGACUUGCCAAUUUUGGUUGUGGCAUUGGAAAGGGUAGAAAAAAGCUCUGGACCACUAAUUGGAAAUGGCAUAGCUUCAAUUCAACAAAAUACAGCCCCUAAGAUGCUACUUGCCCUUAUGGAUGAAGCCUAUACUGGUUCAACAAUAGAAGAUGGUGCAGGAGAUUCUGAAUCUGAGGAUAACAAUGCUAUUGAUGUAGACAGCCCUUUGUUCCUUGAGCUUUUAAAGGAUGAAAAUGAUGGACUCGCUGAACGCCACUGGACGUCUCCAGGGAUGGCUGCAUUAUUACAGGCUGCAGUAAAUAGUCCUUAUUCUGAUAGGCUGAAACAAGCACUCAUUCUAGCACCUCCCUUUCUUGAUGUGUACUUCUCCAUAGCAUUGCGUGAAGUCAAUGAGUCUUUGAUGUGCGCAUUAAUUCCUCUGCUUAUGUCAAGAUACUCUACAAUAUUUCCUGACAAAAACUUUUCUCAUGAGGUUCACAAGAGGAUAUUGGAAUUCAUGCUCUCUGCUUUUCAGCAUUCCCCAAAUUUUAUAGCUCUUUUGAAGAAACCUAUAAUGGACAGACUGGGAGAAGCCUAUGACAGCCAGAGAAGGUUAACAGAAUUAGCAUUGCAAUUAUGUUGGGCCAUUGGAGAGCACGGUGGAGGUGGUGGAUCUCACAAAGAUGAAGCGCGGGAGCUUUUUGAGAGUUUAGAACUACUUCUAUAUGAAAACCUUUCGACUAGUCGUUUGGGUCUGAGGCAAGAUGUAUCCCGCAGCUCUAAUCAGGAGACCUACAGUAAGUCAUCACAGUCCAGGCUUCUAUGUUUCGUUGUAACAGCUAUUGCAAAACUUGCUACACACCACCGAGAAUUACUGCCAAGGGCACGUGUAUCACUGGGCAAGGUGGCUCGAUCUCAAAUUUCAGACGCAAGAGUGUGGAGGCGUGCCCGUGAUUUCCUUGGUCUAUUGAAUGAGCCUGCCAUUUGUUCAUCCAUACUGGGUCCUUCACGACCGUCACAAGGUACCAUGCAAAAAGCGGGCAGUAUAAACUGGAAUGAAGGUGCAACAAAGAUGAUUGCUCAUAUUCCCUUUUACCUCCUUGGGGAACUGGAAGGGGCACCUUUUCAUGAUUUCUCAUUCUCGGAUAUCAUUCCUAGAAGAUGACGAAAGCCAAUUUGAUAAUUAAUUGUUUCUUGAUUAUGUUCUUUCUCAUGUUGGGCAGUUAGUGAAUACGUCAUCACAGAUGCUUUCUAUCCGAUGGUUCAAGGCUAAAUACUUUUUAUUAUUCCUAUUGUAACAUUUGCCUUGUGAUUUGUCAUAUAACAGUGUUUUUUUU